AUGAGUUUCUCUGUUAAAAAAAACAAUAUUUCUGUAUUUAGUAUUGUUCCACAUAAUAACACUCGAUACUUGACUUUCACUGUGCGUUCGAUACUGAUCAAUGUUAUAGUUCGAUACAUCGAUAAUGUAUUAAAAGAAAAACAACGAAACUUAGAAGAUCGAUCACGCCGAAACAAUCAUAGGAUUGAAGGAAUUUACGAGAAUGAUAAAGAAUCAUGGGGGGAUACAGAAAAAAAAGUCCAAACAUUCUUCACCGAAAAACUUGGACUAAAAGAUGUUGAAAUUGAAAGAGCUCACCGCACUGGACGAAAAAACGAUGGACGACCAAGGACUAUAAUAUUAAAUCUUCAGAAAUAUAAAGACAAAAUAGGAAUAUUGAAGGAAUUGUAUCGACUCAAAGGCACAAAUACGUUCGUGAACGAAGAUUUUUCUCGAGAAACCGUCGCUAUUCGAAAAAAAAUUGUUCGCUGA